CUGCUCAUAAUAAUGGGAAAACGACCUUUUAAGACUUCAAACUCUCAUGAAGUGCCCCUGAUUAAAUCACGCUUGAUCUUUCCAAGUAAUAAUAUGGAUUUCCUAACGUUUCAAAGCGUUUAUUCGUCUGGUUAACUGAAUGGAGCUCGAAGACGCUUCUUCAGUCCAAUAAAGUCUUCACCUAUAAACCAAAUGUCAAAUAUCACCUCUCACAUUUCCGAUGUUCAUGAAGGUGGACCUACGCAAACGCUGAGCACGUGAUUGAAGGCGGAAGGAGUUUCCAAACAGAGCUUGACCUCAAAGGCGUGAGACAGGCAUGCUGGAAGAUCUGUGCCGUGUUGAGUGCUUUGUAAUGUCCUGAAAGGUAAACCGACUGCUUCUCCCGAUGGAUCCGAAUCUGGUGCAGUGGAAAAUUCACGGACAGUCCUUUCUCCAACGAUUACGACUAUGGAUGAAUCUCCUGGAUCCGUCCCUGCUGCUGGCCUCUGAUGCUGAAAUACUCAAAGCCCACGCUCUUCUUGGAAGUAGAGCUAAACCAGCCGAUAAGGAUGACGCUGCUCUGAGCCUGUCACUUUCUUCUUUCCAUGCGGAUUCUGGUGCUGCCCUUCCUCUGGCUUUCCGCCCUCCAGCGUUUUUGCCAAUGUCAGGACUUCUGGUGUUGGGGACCCUUUUGCCCCACGGCGGUGUCAAACCCGCCCUGUUCUGGCAGUUCCUGCUGCAGAGCUACAACGCGGGCUUCAGCUACGCCAACAGGAAUGCCUCCGCAGAGCAGGGUAAGGCGGUGUUCUCAGGGCAGCUGGCGCUGAUGGUGGGAACGGUCUCCUGCACCACAUUGGCGGGGGCUCUACCUCAGAUCAUCAUCAACCGGCUUGGCAUAACGAGCGGCAAGCUCCAGACUUUCUUCCGGUACAUGGUACCUAUGCCGCUUUCGGCCGCCCUGGCCUUCUUCUGCGUCUUCACCGUCAGAAGUCAAGAGAAAGAAACCGGGAUCCAAGUGUACGAUUACACUGGCAAACCUGUGGGCGUCUCCAAAGCAGCGGGAGAAAAGGCCGUGAGAGAGACUGCGCUGUCCAGGGCGGCGCUGUUGGGGGCCACAGCCGCUGUUCCUAAUUUUCUGAUCUUGCUUCUACCAAGGAGAGUUUUCCGGGGGCUGGUCGCUCCUCUCCGCAGCGUGAGCGCGACGUUGGUCCUGGGCCUGAUGAUCCCCGUCUCUUUCAGCCUCUUCCCCCCGCUGGGAACGGUGGAGAAGGGGAGCGUGGAGGCGGAGCUGCAGGCCCGAGCGGUCGGCAGCCGGUUGUUCUACCACAGAGGGCUCUGAUACGCAACCAAAGGAUGUCCGUCUAGGACCGCAACACCAUCUGACGGGAAAAUAGAUCAAACCCAGCUUCUUUUUUCUUUUUACCCCUCCAGGGUUAGAUUUUUUUAUUAAUAUGUUAUUAGAAACACUUUAAUGUAUUAAAUCAAGCGUGAAUAUACUUUUUGAUAGUAACUUUAUUCAGUCGUGGUGUUAGAAGAAUUAGAAUAUAACAUCAGUUCAUGAAAAGCGCGUGGUGUUUUUACCUGAAAGACCACAGAUCCUGAACCUUCUGUGACUGCAUUCCACGGUUAAACAGCUGUGCUCCCAACAGCCUGAACAUUAAGACGCGUGAGGCAGUAAAAUAAAAUUUAAAUGUAAAAAAAAAAAAAGAAAAAAUCAAUGUGGAUAAAAGAUUUGGCACUAACGUCUUUUGUAAAAUGAAAAAUGACGACGCCGUUUUUAAAGAAAGAAGAGGGGGAAAAAAAUUGGCCUGCUGUGCAACAUCUGGCUGUGAUCAGAUAACCACGCAGCUUCUAUUAACUAACUCAAUACAAUACUUAGAGCUGGUCAUAUGAGGGUUAUUUUAGCCGCUGGAAUCAGUUGGACUCCUCAGGAAGAAAAAUAAGGAGAUUUUUUUCUACAGUUCCAUCUUUGCUAGUGUUAAAAGGCAUUUUCAACUCAUCCCACGAGAAGACGCACUUAUCCCUCCUGAACACCCAAAUCUAAGCCGUGGUAUUACAAGUAAAAAACAAAAACAAAAGGAAAAACU